UAUCAGUAGCAAUCGUCAAUCAAAGAUCUUAUCAGGGGCAGUUGUAUCAAUCUCCAACUCACAAUAACAACCCCGCACCAGCAAAAAAAAGAGAGAAAAAAAAAAGACAUGGGUGACCACACCUUCUUCUUCUAUGGAACCCUCAUGGCCCCCUCAAUCCUCCACCGCAUAAUCCACGGCUCCCCAACCCCCGAACUCUGGCAAAAGGCCCUCCUCACCACCCGGCCCGCCCUCUUACCCGGAUACAGACGCUAUCGAGUGCAUAAUGCAGAUUAUCCAGCCAUUUUACCUUCCUCUGAGGCCGAUUCGGCUGUACUAGGUGUUGUUGUCACGGGGCUUACGGAAGGGGAUGUAUUGAGAUUAGAUACCUUUGAAGGGUCACAAUACGAGAAGCGUACUGUGAAGGUCAGGGUUUUGAAGUCUACUGCUGCCUCUACUGAGAAUAAGCAAGCUCAGGAUGGGGAUGACAAAGCCUUGCAGAAGGGAUUGGAUCAGACUGCCCAUCUGGCUGAGGGUGGUAAUGAGACUGAAAUGGACGAGGUUGAGGCGACGACAUAUGUAUGGACGGACCUGGAGUCGGAUCUUGAUAUGCAUGCGGAGUGGGAUUUUGAGUCUUUCAAGAGGGAUAAGUUGCAAUGGUGGAUUACUGCACCGGAGGAUGACUUGUGA